CCUCCCUGUCCACUAAACCAUUGGCUCCUCUGGUAUCCCAGCUCCUUCCUCCAAGGCCUGGGUGGGAAGCCCGGCCAGCCCUGCUUGGGCUUUCCUGACCCUUGAACUAGCCUAUGAAAACGAACCAGAUGGCCUUGCUUCAGUACUCCUGUUACAGCUCCUUCCUCACCUGAAGGCACUCCUCCCCCAAAUACCAUCUUUAACUGGGCCACAGCUACCCCCUUCCCCUCCCCAACCCUCAGCUCCCCCCGGGCCCUUCAGGUAUCCUGCUUGCCAGGACAGGGAUAUCAUAAGGUCCUCUAAGGCCCACCUGUCAACCCAUGGUUUGUCUUGCAGAGUGUACACUGACCAGUGCCAUGACCCCCGCCGUCAGCAGGUGGUCCUUGGAAGGAUCAGAGGCGGGUGUAGGGCAUUCCUGCUAUGGAACGGGCCGCAGCUGAAGCUCGGAUUUGAUUCCUGUCCCAGGAACCUUCAUAGGCGGCAGGUGUGGCUGAAAAAGGGGAAAAAAAGAAAUGGAUGUAAAAGUGCCUGAAUCCCAACCCCAUUUCAAACUUCUUGGGAUGCAAGGGGGCAAAGGGUACCCCCAUGAAGACACCUCCUGUCAUCCCAACCCUGCAGAGAACCUGAACCUCCAGCUCCACCGAGGUCAGCUUAGCCCAGUGCUCGGCGGCCCUGGCUCCUAGGAUUACUUGGAAAGGAAGAGAACAGAACCAUUCUGAGCGGGACCGGGGAGGCAGGGGACACGGGUGCUGGCGGCCUAGAGCCGGAAGGGGUUCUGCUGUAAGGGCGGCCGGCUUAGCAGCCCCCUUACCUCCAGGACUGCGGACGAGGCCGCCAGCGGUCACCAUGGACGUAGCUCCACGCACACUCUCUUCACCUCACGGCUUUCUCCGCGCUCAGGUCGGGUCAGAAGAGACGCCCCCAACACCUCCCCGCCCCGGCACCAGCCCAGGCCGAGGCCGCCUCUCCCGCACUUGGCAGCUCAAACUCCACGCCCACCGCGCGGAGUCCAGCUCCGGGGCGCGUGAGGGUUAACCUCGCGGGGGUGGGGACUUGGGCGCAGUCGGCGUUGGGAGGGAGGGGAGAGGAGGCGGCGGGAGGCCACUGGCUUGAGGCUCCGAGCCCGGCGGAGCCUCGGGUGUCUCAGGCCGUCGAGCAGUCACUGGGUCACACGCUGCGCGCAGCGAGGGGCCACUGCAGACCCCCUGCCCCAAACUUCAAGUCGGGAGCGGGAGAGAGAGACGCCGGGCAUUAAGACAGUGGCAGCCUGUCAGGACGCUGCCCCCUCCCCCGGGACCGCUACCUCUAGAACCCCACCUCGGCGAGCCUCUUCCCAGCCGUCUCCGCCCCUGCUCUGGCCACUUGGUCGCCUUUGGCCCAGGAUGAAGCCCAGAGGCGGCGGCGGCGGCGGCGGCCCCACGACGGCCCCGGAGUCUGAGUCGGCCGACGUGUCCCUGGGUCCGCUGUCGCCCUGGGCCUGCCCGGCUGACGUGCGGCUCUGCGGCCACCUUCGGAAGCACAAAUCCCAGCACCGCCGCUUCUUCGUGCUCCGCGCGGACCCGCCGCGCCUCGAGUGUUACGAGAGCGAGAAGAAGUUCCACGCCGGCCGAGCGGCUCCCAAGCUCAGCGUGAGCCUGACGGGCGCGUGCACCAUCAGCAAGCGCGUGGACGCGCGCCAGCGCCACCUGAUCUUCCUCUUCACCGCCGACCGCAGCCUGGGCGUGGCGGCGGCCAGCGAGGCGGAGCAGCAGGCGUGGUACAGCGCCCUGCUUGAGGCGCGCGCCGCCGCCGGGCCCAGCUCCCACGAGGACCCCGAGGCCUGGCUGCUCGCUCCGUUUCAGGACGUCUGGCCCGUGACGCUGCGGCCCAAGGGGCUGGGGCAGACACGAGGCCUGGGCAGCGGCGGCUACUGCUUGUGCCUGGGUUCCGGGGUACUGAGCCUGCUGCGGAAGCCCAGGGGCAGAAGCUCCAGGGCCACCCAGGCACCUCCGCCCCCAGCCCUGCGCCUGUCCCUGCUCAGCGUGCGCCGUUGUGGUCACGCAGACUCUUUCUUCUUCCUGGAGCUCGGGCGCUCAGCACCCACAGGUCCCGGGGAGCUGUGGCUACAGGCGCCCGAUGCUGUGAUGGCCCAAAGCAUUCACGAGACUGUCCUGGCCGCCAUGAAGCGAAUCGGGGACACUGGUGCUGGUGGCAGGACUGAGCCACUGCCAAGAAAGCCCCCGACGAGGGCCUCCAGACCGUCUGAGACCCCAGCCUCUGCGGCUCAGUCAGGCAGCCUGAACCGUCUGGGGUGCCCUAGUGAGAGGAGCGAGCAAGCAACCCCUAAGACGCUGGCGAUGCUGGGGGCAGCGGCCUCACAGCCUGAGGGGUUGGGGCGGGGCGGGGGCUACAUAACCAUGGGAGCCAGGAGAGACUACGUGCCCAUGGGAGGCGGGCAAGCCAGCAGCUACGUGGUGAUGGCGCCCCUGGGCCUCCCUGCCUCGGCCAAAGCCGCUCCCCAUCAGCCACCUCUGGAUGGCGGGCACUCUGAAUAUGUGUCCAUGAGCCGCUGUGCACCACGGUCCCUUUUCUUGAGCUCUUUGCCCGGUUCCUACAGGCCUGGGGCCGGGGAGCCUGAAACGGGGCUCCAAGGCCCUCGUCUGCGCGUCGGAGACAGCUGGGGCCCCACAGGGGCUCAGACCUGCUUGCAGCCGCCGUCAGAGCUGGCCGGGGAGUACGUGUGCAUCGAGUACGCGGACCAAGUAGCCACACCCGAACCCCCCGCCAGCUGCCUCAACUACGUCGACCUGGACCUGGUCCCUCCCCUGGAGGCGGGAGGCAACGCCCCCGGGGCCAGGCACGGCCCGCACAGCUACGCCCGCAUAGAGUUCCAGAACUCUGGGGAGGCCCGAGGGAGGAGACCCUGGCAACCCCCUCUGGUUUAACUGACAGACGGAGACGGCGAGAGAAAACAGGGCAAAGUUAAGAGUGCCUUCCUGCCCACGCCCCUCAACCCCACAGACCCCUUCCCUGAGACGGAGAGGCUCUAAAGCAGAGAUGUCCCCUAGGAGGUGUGACCCGCAGAGGCUUGCUAAGCUGCUUCUUGGGGCCUGGUGCCCACUCCGCCCCUUUCAGCUGUGCCACCUGGGAAAUCUUUGGGAGGAGGUUCCCCAAGAAGCUGGAUUCUUUUAAGGGAGAAAAUUCUAGAACUCUCCCUCCCCUUCAAAACAAACCCCCCAAACCCCCACAACCUCACAGAUUUCUGGACGUUCUCAGCCAAAGCCCUGAUCCUGUUUCCCCCAGAGGCCCCGCAGCAUUACUCCAGAGCCUUAAGUCAGGCCCCUGCCCGGGCCUCGGCUGCGGAAGAUAUGGACCUGCCCCUGCCCCUGCCCCUCCCCCGCAGGCCCGCAGGGCUGGCCUGGUGUAUCUUUGGAGCCAAAGAACCACCCCCGAGACAUACACACACGUCCAGCCUCAGGGCUGAACUCCUGGGGCCCCAGAGCACCAGGAGUCCUACACUAGGGCCUCCCCAAAGUGAGGCACCCCCUUACUCCCUAGUUUCCCUCUCCCAAGGCCAGCUCUGUGCUCACGAUCCUCCCUGCUCCCAGAGCUGGCAGAGCUGAUGGAGCCCUUGCUUCCUAUAUAAUUAGUCUAAGAGACUAGACUCCCCACCCCGCCCCCGACAUUAAAGGUUCCCUGCUUGGUCA